CAUUUGAAAAGAGCUUUUCUUUUUCUUCUCACUUUCUCUUCUUCUUCUUCUUCGAUCCCAUCAGAGCCCAUAUUCUGAAUCAAAUUUAGGUUUUUUUCUCCUUCCCCAUCAUUUUAAAAGCCUCUCAAUUACUCGAAUUUUUACCCAUUUACCCCGAAAUUGAGAAUUGAAUUUGUUAUUAUUACUCACAAUUAUUUCUUGUAUAUGAAAUGAAAUGUAGAUUUGAUUGACCUGUUUUGUUAUAAGAGAAUCUGGAGUUUAAAUUUUUUAAAUUAGGGUUUUGGGACGAGGAUUUAAGAGGAAAGUUUUGAUUUUAUGCGAAUUUGAAUGGCGUCAGCUCAGGUGCUAAAAAAGCAAGAGCAUUUGCAAGCUGGGAAAAAGAAGCUAGAGGAGUUUCGCAAGAAGAGAGCAGCAGAGAAGGCUAAAAAGGCGACUCCAAAUAGUCAACAACUUGCUGCUGAUGGAGGCAUAGAGAAUCAAUCUUCAGGAAAUGAACACUCUAGAAUUAAGGACUCCAGUGGAGCUGGUACAUCUGAUGCUGUUGGCAGAUCUGUUCUAGAACCAUCUGAAGUACAUGCUAAGCAUGAUUUUGCGAAGCCUGAUAUUACCCAGAAGUCUGAUUCAAUUUUUCGCCAAGAUGAUAAUGCCGGUGCUACGGCUAGUUUGUACAAGUACAAUGAUGAUGCUGUUCUAACUUCUGCUGUUCGUGCCAACAGUUAUGAUUAUGGUUCUUCCAUCUCAGUGUUAUCUCAUUUAGAAGAUAGAGGGUCUAAAAGUGAUGAGAAUAUUAAGGUUUCUGAAAGAGUAAGUGAUACUUAUGACUCCACUGAGAAGAGGGAGAAUGAUGGGGCCUUAGAAGGUCUUCCAUUCGGGUUUGCGACUAAUCACUCUACAGCCAUUUUCCCAUCAUCAUCCCCCAAUAAUGAGAGAAUUUCAAGUCAGUUCACUUAUGAUGAUCUGGGUAAAAGCAUAUCGGAGGAGAAUCAUGCAAAGGAUCAUUCUGUAACUAAUGAUGGUACUUCUCAUGCUUUUCCGUCAAAUGUCUCACCUUCAAAUUCAUUUGGUUCUCAUCAAGACAAGCCAAGUUAUACAGAUCGCUGGACUAGUGGCAUGAGUUCCUCUUCAUAUGGUGAUUACAUGCCCCGUGCUAACAGUGUCACAAAAUUUUAUCCUGAAGUUGGGCGAAAUGAUGUUGCUGCGGGAUCUAGUAAUUUUGUGGUGCCUGAUAAAGGAUACAACCAGUUAAGCGGCUCCGGUAUUGACUCGACUAAAACUUCUCCUUGGGCGUUGGACUCCAAGUAUGAUGGUUUUAGUUUUGACGCUAGAAGUUCUUCUAGUUACUCACAGAUGUCUCCGCCCACAACUGGGGCAACUGGGAGGAGAUCUCCAUCUUUCCUUGAUUCCAUCAACAUUUCAAAAGUUUCUGCUGCAUCCCCUCCCUCAAUAGGAUCAUUCGCUACAGACACAUAUGACUUGGUUCACCCUAAGGACAGUCUGGGUUCAUCAAAUUCUGAGAACUUGUCGAAUCCUUCAAAAUUUACUGGUAAUGGGGUGGAUCCAUACAAGCAUGCUGUUGAGAAAGAUGCGGGAAAUAUGGACAAUAGACAUCCAUUUUACUCACAAAAGCAAAAUGAAGAUUUUGCUGCUUUAGAACAGCAUAUUGAAGAUUUAACACAAGAGAAGUUCUCCUUACAACGCGCUCUUGAGGCUUCACGAGCUCUAGCAGAGUCUCUAGCUGCUGAAAAUUCAACUCUGACAGAUAGUUAUAACCAACAGGGAAGUUUUGUUGCCCAACUAAAGGCUGAGAUGGAGAAGUUGCAGGAGGAGAUUAAAGUUCAUCUGGGUGAACUUGAAGCCGUGAAAAUGGAAUAUACAAAUGUACAAUUGGAAUGUAAUGCUGCUGAUGAACGCGCCAAGUUGUUGGCGUCCGAAGUGAUUGGCUUGGAAGAGAAGGCACUUCGUCUAAGAUCUAAUGAGCUUAAACUGGAGAAAGAGUUGGAGAAGUCACAAGCUGAAAUGUCUUCUUUCAAGAAGAAAAUUUCCAGCCUUGAAAAAGAUCGUCAAGAUCUGCAAUCAACAAUUGAUGCUUUAAAAGAAGAAAAGAAGCUUUUGCAGUCCAAAUUCCUGAAAGCUUCUGCUAAUGGCAAGUCAGUUGAUCCUAGCAGGAGUAUGCCGGCAAAAAUAGAUGUAUCAACUUCUACAGAGGAUCUCUGUGAAGAUACUAUUGCAAGUAGUACCAUAGAUGACCCUAAUUUGGUUGGUGCUCAUGGCCCCGCCUUCUUUUCUCUGGCUGAUUUUGGGCAGCUUAGUCUUGAAAGUUUGUCACUGGCCAUCCCUCCAGAUCAGAUUAGGAUGAUCCAAAACAUUAAUACAUUAAUUUCUGAGUUAGCCUUGGAGAAAGACGAAUUGACAAAAGCCCUGUCAGUCGAAUCUUCUCAGAGCUCGAAAUUGAAGGAGUUAAACAAGGACUUAAUUCGAAAGCUUGAAGCUCAAACUCAAAGACUGGAGCUUUUAACAGCUCAAAGCAUGGCAAAUGAUAACAGCCAAGCAAGGCAACCAGAUUCAGUGUCUGUACAUGACAAUAUGGCGUAUGCUGAUGAAGGAGAUGAGGUGGUGGAACGGGUCUUGGGAUGGAUCAUGAAGCUAUUUCCUGGAGGGCCAUCAAGGCGACGAACCAGCAAGCUUCUUUAAUCUUCACGGCAAGAGUAUAAUGACGAGUUUUUUUUUUGUGAAAAGCUAGUCUUUUGCUCCUCUCCAGCCCUGUAUUUUUGGUAGCCAGACGGAGUUCGGAUUAUGUACAUUAUCCAUGGUUUACACACACCCCAUUUUUUUCACCAGAGAAGCAAUUUGUAUCUAAGAGGCAUAUCGGAAGACGGGAUAGCCAGUUCUCGACAGUUUUGGCAAUAAAACAUGAUUUCGUUGUAUACAAGGAUUCAUUUAUCAAACAUUGUAAUGAAGAUCAGAGACAGAGAAAGAUUUGGGGACGUCUACAGUCUACUUGAUGUAUUUCCAGAAGAUGUCUUUAGUUGUCAAUCAUGAGAAGAAAAGGCUCAGAUGUACUUUUUUCUUUUCUGGAAAUGAUUCUUUUUAUAUAAAUAUAUUGUCUUCCUUAUGUUGUAUUUACUGGGACUUUAAGAAGCCAAAUAUAUCUAAAAGAUGAUGUUGGCUGCCCUUUUUUACUUGCUCAGGAACCAGAACUCCAUUAGUUUUUCCAUUUAAUUAAUUAUAAUAUUUUGUGGGUUCUUUGUUCUAGACAGGCAAUAUAUAAGCUCAGUUGAAUCGUGA